UACAAAUCAACCCAAGCCGGCAGCGUUCCGGCUCCCGCGGCUCUAAGGCGCGCGGUGCCACUGCCCGGUGGUCCCUGCCUGGCCCGGCUUGGGCCUCCGCCUCGCUCCCGCCCCAGCCGCGGCUCACCGAGCCCGCGGCCAACUGAGCUGCCAGCGACGCCCGCACAGCCGCGGGGGCCCGGGCGGGGGGCCAUGCCUUGCCGGAGGGAGGAGGAGGAGGAAGCCGGCGAAGAGGCGGAGGGGGAGGAGGACGACGACAGCUUCCUCCUGCUGCAGCAGUCGGUGACUCUGGGCGGCUCGACCGACGUGGACCAGCUCAUCGUCCAGAUCGGCGAGACGCUGCAGCUGGACUCGGCGCACGAUCGCCCGGCCUCGCCGUGUGCCGCCCCGGGUCCCCCACCCCCGCAGGUCCUGGCGGCGCUGCCGGCGGACAAGACCGGGACCCCAGCUAGGAGGCUGCUUCGGCCGACGGGGUCAGCGGAGACCGGGAACCCUGCGCCCCCGGGGGCCGUGCGCUGCGUGCUAGGGGAGCGCGGGCGCGUGCGGGGCCGGUCGGCGCCCUACUGCGUUGCGGAGAUCUCCCCCGGCGCCAGCGCGCUGCCCCAGCAGCCGGGCCUUGACGGACCCCCGGGGACCGGCAAACUAAGCACCCCGCAGCCACUGUCGGGCCCGUGCCGCCGGGGUUGGCUCCGGAACGCAGCCGCGUCCCGCCGCUUGCAACAGCGACGCGGAUCUCAGCCGGAGACCCGCACUGGCGACGACGACGACCCGCACCGGCUCCUGCAGCAGCUCGUGCUCUCGGGAAACCUCAUCAAGGAGGCGGUGCGCAGACUUCAUUCGCGACGGCUACAGUUACACGCAAAGCUCCCCGCACACCCGUUCCUCGGGCCUCUGUCAGCCCCGGUGCAUGAGCCGCCUUCGCCCGGGAGCCCUCGCGCGGCCUGCAGCGACCCUGGCGCUUGCAUGGGGAGGGCGCAGCUCAGAACUGGGGACGACCUUCUUGUCCCUGGCAGCUAACAACCUAGGUGGCCACAGCACCAGCCAGUAGCCGGGACCAAGGGAUUCACCCAGGGCUUCACCCAGCCGGAGCUGGUGGUGGACUCGAGCAUUAUUUGGAAACGGGAAAAUAAGCUAAGGAAGACAGCCGAAAUAUCGCAGAUAUUUUCAUGGGUAACUGAAAUUGAAAGCCCCGAAAUGUUUGAAACCCAGAACUUAGGGUUGUUUAAAACAGAAUCUACAGAGCGCACCGCAGGCUGUCAGCAGGACUCCUUUUUUUGGCGUGAUUCAACCUGGUCACUGCAAUUCCGCGCAGACUCUCCUGGCCAAGCGGGGACCACGUGGCCACGGUGCAUGCUCUCAGGAUCGGCUCAGCCUGCUAUGGAACGAAGGACGAUGAUCCCCGUUACUUGCUGUACUUUUUCAGGGCUGGUUCCUGAUCCACUUUCGGGGAGGGGGAAACAAGAUUGGACUUAAUUUCGGGGAGCGCCCCACCUCCAAAAUGCCACACUUGAACAUUUAACGACAGUUAAAAGACCAUCUCAUCUUUUGCGGUGCUGGUUUCAAUGUAAAACAUGCGGUACAACGAGAGGACCCUCUUGGGGCUGAAUAGAAGUAACCGGUUUUUUGUCUGUUCCCUUUUUCUUUCAACGGGUUGCUGUUAGCAGAGUGUUGAGGGAAAGCUGCACCCCACGAGUGUAAGAUGGAGACAGCAGUGAGCUGUGUUGGGUAAUGGAAGGGUAUGGCGAAGCAAGGAGUGACCCCCUCUUGCCUUCCAAAAGUGUGUUUUUAAAGGAGACCCAUCCCUUUUUGGGUUCAAGGUCACUGUUUCCUGGGUGUGCACCGUGUAGUGGGGCUCCAACACGGAGACAACCGAAUUGCCUUGCUAGGAGGAGAACACACUGUUUUGCAAAUGCAGGAGUCCCCUAAGGACGCUCCCGCCACUUCCCAGAGGGUGUGGGGAUGGCGAGUGCUGAGUGUCUGUGCUUCCCGCCCGAGGCCACGCCCCUGCCCCUCCACCUGGCUUGCAGACAAACUGCCUUGAGACAGUGACCGAGUACCACCUUUCCCCCUUGGUUCUGCUGCCCUACUCAAGCUGGGUGGCGCUGAUGAUGCUAGGGGCCAGGGUAGGGGACUGGGGAGGUUCCACAUAAUGGGCACUCCAGGGACACAGCUUGGGACACAGUCUCACACGGCCUCUUCUAAUGGGCUCUCGGGGCCAUUUGUAAUAACAGCGGCAGUCCCCUGGAUAGACAGAGUUGAUUUCCUCCUGACCCUCCCCCAGCUGUGCCAGUUGGCCUUUGUAAGGGAAGGAACCCUAGUAGAAAAUGUGACCCUCCAAAUGGGAAAGCUGCAGGCUUUUCUGCUAUUGUUACUGUGAAGUGCUUCGAAACACUGUUCACUCUGAGCGACCAUUUCGUUUUAGUUUUCUGGAGUCCAUGGCUUGUUCAGCAUCCAGAUGUGGCUGUUGACAUAUCUACACUUCGCACCGGAGUGACUGGAAUUGUGGCUGUCCUGAUUAUAGGAUUUUAACUGAAAUAACUGUUUUUGAAUAAAUGUGUUGGGUUCCCCUCACACACACACCCACACCCCGGCUUUUAUUUUGUACUUGCCUCCAGUGGGAAAGAUGAACAGAACACAUUUCUCUGAUCUCCAUAAACAU